AUGCAGAUCUGUCUGAGGGCCCUGCACAGUAAUCAUAGCAGGUCGACCGACCGGUCUUCCAGAAAAGUGACUGUCGCGUCACCCGACACGACAGCCAAUCAAAUUGUUGCUUUUAAACCUCCCUCUGCUGACAUCGACAGCACUCUUUUUUUUCCUUCUUUUUACAGCGUUUCGCUCCUGAAUUUGGACGUUUUUUUAAGUUUUCGAAUUCCUCUCCUUUACGUCUUCUGUUUCUCACUUUCCAUUUUUAUCGAGCAAUAUUUCGCUUCUUUUCCCCCCGUUUCUUCUUUAUCAAAGACGUCUCCUUAUCAGUCUUUCGCCUCAUAUCUAUCUAUCUAUCUAUCUAUCUAUCUAUCUAUCUAUCUAUCUAUCUAUCUAUCUAUCUAUCUAUCUAUUUUUUUUUUUUGCCGACUUUUUCUUUUUAUCGUUUUCUUUCUUUCUUCUUCAAUUUUUUCUUUCUUUCAUAGUUUCUCUUCUCUUCUCUUUCUUUCUUUCUUUAUUUCUUUCUUUCUUUCUUUUGCAUCUUCGUUCAUUCCUUAUAUGAACAUUACUUCGUCAAAGAAAAUCUUUUCUUAUCCUUUAGUUUUCUAUACUGCGAAGACAUAUUCUAUUAAGCUUUUUUCUUCUUUUUCCCUUCUUAAAUUUGCUUCUUGUCUAUCUCUACGGUUUUGUUCGAGGAAUUAUUUCUACUAG